GUUUCCAUCGAACGACCGUCGUUGGCUUCUUUCCAGGGGUUUGGUCUCGUUCUUUUUUACCCGCGUUACCUCCUAUUUUUCCAGCCUCGCGAUCCUACCGUACUUCAGCUAGUGCCUCUGAUCUCGACUGAGAAGCCGCCAUCACCAUGUCGAGUAACGACAAGACGGCAGUCGCCACCGGCGCCGAUACAGCCGACACCCUCAGGAGACGGAAUGUCGUCCCUGCUCCUCAACAAGCUUUAGCUGGGAAGCCGCAGCCGCAGGAUAACAAGAAGGAAUUGAAGAAGGAACCCUCCGUUCUUCAGCUGCUCGGCCAGUGGGAAUGGCUCAUUGCCCCUAUCAUCUUCACGGCCCUCGCCUUCUUCACGAGGUUCUACAAGAUUGGCCUAUCACCCAUAGUGACGUGGGACGAGGCACACUUUGGCAAGUUCGGGAGCCAUUAUCUGAAGCGAGAGUUCUACUUCGAUGUUCACCCUCCUGCCGGAAAGUUGCUAGUCGGGCUGAGCGGAUGGCUUGCUGGAUACAACGGGUCCUUCGAAUUCAAGUCGGGCGAGACGUAUCCCGCCGAGGUCAACUAUACCUUUAUGCGCCAGUUCAAUGCCUUCUGGGGCGCUGUGUGUGUGCCAAUGGCGUAUUGGACGGCCAAAGAGAUGAACCUGAGGCGACCGGCAGUCUGGCUCGUAACCCUCAUGGUUCUGUGUGAGAACUCGUACACCACCAUCAGCCGAUUCAUCCUUCUCGACUCCAUGCUUCUCUUUGGCACAGUGGCGACAACGCUGUGCUGGGUCAAGUUCCAUUCGCAGCGGACCAAGAGCUUCGAGCCUGAGUGGUUCUUCUGGCUCUUCAUGACUGGUCUGAGCAUCGGAUUCGUGACCAGCAUUAAGUUGGUGGGCCUUUUCGUGACCGCCCUUGUCGGCCUGUAUACCGUCGAGGACCUGUGGAGAAAGUUUGGUGACACCAAGAUGCCUCUGAUCGAGUUGGCUGCUCACGUUUCCGCUCGGAUUAUUGGGCUCAUCGUCCUCCCUUUCCUGGUCUAUUUGCUUAGCUUUGCCAUCCACUUUGCCGUGCUCACAAACACCGGACCUGGCGACGCUCAAAUGUCGUCCCUGUUCCAGGCCAAUCUCAGGGGCACCGAAGUCGGCCGAGAUAGCCCCUUGGAGGUUGCCCUCGGCUCAAGGGUGACUAUCAAGAAUAUGGGCUAUGGAGGCGGCUUGCUCCACAGUCACGUCCAAACGUACCCCGAAGGCUCAACCCAGCAGCAGGUUACUUGUUAUCAUCACAAGGAUGCCAACAAUGACUGGUUCUUCUAUCCCAACCGAGGCGAUGCGGAUUAUGAUGCCGAAGCCGAUCCCCGAUUCAUUGGAAACGGCGAUACCAUCCGCCUGAUCCACGCCCAGACUGGUCGCAACCUCCAUUCGCAUGAGAUUUCUGCCCCCGUGACUAAGGCCGAUAAGGAGGUAUCCUGCUACGGCAAUCUGACCGUCGGUGACAACAAGGAUCACUGGAAAAUCGAGGUUGUCAACGACGCCGCUUCUCGCGACUGGAGCCAUCUCCGUACGCUCACUACAGGGUUCCGUCUCAAGCAUGAGGUGUUGGGAUGCUAUCUGCGGGCUGGCAACGUCAACCUGCCGCAAUGGGGCUUCAAGCAGAUCGAAGUUACGUGCACCAAGGAGAACAAGCCUCGCGACACAUACACGCAUUGGAAUAUCGAGUCUCACACGAAUGAGAAGUUGCCUCCCGGAGACCCUGGAAAGUACAAGUCUCCUUUCUUGAAGGAUUUCAUCCACCUGAAUGUUGCCAUGAUGACCUCCAACAACGCCCUCGUCCCGGAUCCUGAUAAGCAGGACGACCUCGCUUCGCAAUGGUGGCAGUGGCCCAUUCUGAAUGUAGGCUUGAGGAUGUGUGGCUGGGAUGACCAUAUCGUCAAAUACUUCCUCCUGGGCAACCCCUUUGUCUACUGGGCCUCGACCGCUUCGCUCGGUACGUUCGGCCUCUUGGUCGCCUGGUACCUGGUCCGCUGGCAGCGAGGCUACAAGGAGCUCUCCCAGGGCGAUAUUGACCAUAUCCACUUCGCCGGCUUCUACCCCGUCGCCGGGUGGUUCCUUCACUACCUGCCGUUUGUCAUCAUGGCGCGUGUCACUUACGUCCACCACUACUACCCUGCGCUCUACUUCGCCAUCCUCACCCUCGGCUUCCUUACCGAUUGGUUCUUGCGGAACCAGGCCAAGGCCGCCCAGUACGGCAUCUACGCCGUCCUGUACGCCGUCGUUGUAGGCCUAUACGUUUUGUUCAUGCCCAUCUGCUGGGGCAUGACCGGACAGAACAGGCAGUACAGCUACAUGAAGUGGUUUGACAGCUGGAGGGUGUCGGACUAGAGAGUCGGUCGAGGUUAAUUGGAGGAGGAGUGGGUCAGAGGGGGCCUCAAUAAUUGCGUGAUAUUCGGACUUAGAAACCCGAAUAUCGCUGGUGUUGGGCACGCAGUU